CAUCCAGGCGGAGGAUGCUGCUGCUGCUGCUGCUGUCUCCGGUACACACCGCCCGCUUCACGGAGUAGCAGUGAGUGACCCCCCUCCCGCCCCCACCCUCCCCGGUCCGGACCGGGCUCCCAGCUCCAGCCGCUCUCCCCGGAGAGACGCGCAGCCCCGGUCACGACAGUAAGACUGGACAGAGAUUGUGAGAGAGGAUCUGGAGGAAUAAUUACCCCCAUCUGUCUGGAUUGUUGUUUUUUUCUUUCACCCGGCUUGGAUUGUUAAUUUCGGGCUUUUCUCAUUUUUUUUUUGGUCCCCGGAGCGGCUCCGCCUGGGUACCGAGGAGGAGCGGAGCCUGUAGCCGGGCUUGGAGCGCUCAGAGCUGGGGAACCGCGCGGCUCUCACCCGGUCCAGAGCGGUGCUGUCGGGUGGAGACAUGGCGGCGCUAAGGUGGGAGGUUCUAGUGUUCGUGGCGGUCGUCCUGCUGGUCUCCUGCGGCGCCGCGCCCUCUGACAUCCUGUAUCGGGUUCCCGAGGAGCAGCCGCCUAACACGUUGAUCGGUAGCCUGGCGGCGGACCGGGGCCUUCCCGACACGGGCCAUCUCUACAAGCUGGAGGUGGGCUCGCCGUACCUGCGGGUGGACGGCAAGACCGGCGACAUCUACACCACCGAGAUCCCCAUCGACCGCGAGACCAUGAGGGACUGCCGCAACCCGUUUGACGAGAAAUGCUUCCUGGAGUUCGAGGUGUCCAUCACCGACAUGGUGAAAGGUAUCGGCUCGGGGCCGCGGCUGAUCGAAGGGCGCAUCGAGGUGCUGGACAUCAACGACAACACGCCACAGUUCUCCUCGCCAAUCCUCACCUUAUCCAUCCCCGAGAACACACACAUCGGCGCCCUCUUCUCCAUCCCCAUGGCCACCGACAGGGACUCCGGCACCAACGGCGUGGCCGAGUACUCGCUGAGCACCGGGCCGGACGCCGACCAGCUGUUCAGCCUUCAGGUCGCCGUAGACACGGACGAGAAGCUGCCUCAGCUGGUCGUCAUGGGCAACCUGGACCGCGAGAAGAAGGACUCGUACGACCUGAACAUCCGGGUGGUGGACGGUGGGAAGCCGCCGAGGGCGAGCAGCGCUCUGCUGCGGGUCACCGUCACCGACCAGAACGACAACGCCCCGAAGUUUGAGAGGAAUCACUACGAAGCCGAACUGCCGGAGAGCAGCCCGCAGGGUCACUCAGUGCUGCAGGUCAGAGCCAACGAUGCAGACACCGGCACCAAUGGAGAGAUUGACUACAGCCUCCAUCAGGCGUCAGAGACCGUCCAGAGACUUCUGCGCAUCGACCGCUCUACAGGCAUCAUCUACGUCAAAAACACGGUGGACCGUGAGGAGGACAACUUCCUCAAGUUCUUUGUGGUCGCCAAAGAUCGCGGACCAAACACCAAAAGCUCCAAGGUGCUGGUGACCAUCAAUAUCAAGGACCAGAACGACAAUGCCCCAGCCAUCGAGAUCCGUGGUAUCGGCUUGGUGACACACCAGGACGGUGUGGCCAACAUCUCUGAGGACAUGCCCAUCGGCACACCGGUGGCGUUGGUCCAGGUGUCGGACCGUGAUGAGGGGGAAAAUGCAGUGGUCACGUGCGUGGUUGCCGGUGACGUCCCAUUUCAGCUCCGACUUGCGAGCGAGUCAUCCAAUGAUAGUAAGAAGAAAUACUUCCUGCGGACGACUACUCUGCUGGAUUACGAGCAUCUUCGGGAAUACUUUGUUGAAAUCGUUGCAGUGGAUUCUGGGAACCCAGCCCUGUCCAGCACCAACUCUCUUAAAGUCCAGGUUACAGAUGUGAACGACAACACGCCAAUUUUUUCCCCCACAGUAUUCGAGGUGGACUUUGCAGAGGGUAACCAACCGGGUGACAAGGUGCUGGAUGUCGUGGCAACCGAUGCCGAUAGCGGCACCAACGCAGAGCUGGUUUACAGCAUCAUCGAGAACUCCGCCACCAGGCUCUUUGAAAUUGACGCCAACACUGGAGUGGUUCGUGUGAAGAACCUGCUGGAUCGGGAAGAGACGGAGCGGUACGAAUUCCGUGUGGCAGCGGCAGACAAGGGCGUCCCCAUCAAAACCGGCACUGCUACGGUGGUGAUUAAUGUUCUGGACCGCAAUGACAAUGACCCCAAGUUUAUGCUGAGUGGCUACAGCUUCUCUGUCAAUGAGAACAUGGCUCCUCUCAACCCUGUUGGUGUUGUGACCGUCACUGAUAGCGAUGAGGGAGAGAACGCCAGAGUGAGGUUGUAUGUAGAACCAGACAAUGGAAAGUUUGUCAUCCAGAAUGGUACAGGAACCAUCCUGUCGAGCAUCUCCUUUGACCGUGAGAAGGAGAGCACCUACACCUUCCGGCUUAAGGCUGUGGAUGCCGGCGACCCACCUCGAUCCUCCUAUGUUGGUGUCACCAUCAACGUCCUGGAUGAGAAUGAUAACGCCCCCUAUGUCACCAAACCGGCAAACUCCUCCUACACAUACCUGUCCCCUGUCACACCGCCAAACACCCGUGUGGAGAUGGUAGAGGCUGAGGACAUUGACUCUGGACCCAACGCUGAACUGGACUACAAAAUCACAGGUGGGAACCCAUAUGGCUUGUUCCACAUCUUGCCAAGCACCGGGGAGAUCACGUUGGCACAGGAAUUCACCAGCAAGCACAACGGGCUGCACCGCCUGGUGGUUAAGGUCAGUGAUAAAGGCAAACCUCCUCGUCACACGAUCGCCCUGGUCCAUGUUUUCGUCAAUGACACCAAGUCAAAUGUAUCCCUCAUUGAGGCGCUGGUUGGACACAGCCUCUACACCCCUCUAGAACGGGACAUUGCUGGAGAUCCCAACUACGCCCUCGCUCACCAAAGCAACAUCCUGUACGGCAGCCUUGCUGGUAUCGCCGGCGUGAUUCUUGUCAUUGUAGCCGUCAUGGUCAUCAGACACCGACUACAGAAGGACACCAAGAGUGGCUACCAGGCUGGCAAGAAGGAAAGUAAGGACCUCUACGCCCCCAAGCAAGGCCCCAAAAAUGGUAAAGGGAAGAAGAGUAAAAAGGGUAAAGCUCCUAAACCGGCCAAACCGCUGGAGGAGGACGAGGAGGCGAGCCUACAAAAAGGCCUCAAGUUCAAUCUCAUCAACGACAACGUCAACGACAGUCCCAGAAUCCACUUGCCCCUUAACUACCCACCAGGAAGCCCCGACUUGGGCCGCCACUACCGCUCAAACUCCCCCUUACCCUCCAUCCAGCUUCAACCGCAAUCCCCUUCUGCAUCCAAGAAGCACCAGGCCGUUCAGGACCUCCCCGCCACCAACACCUUUGUGGGAACGGGCGACAACAACUCGACGGGCUCCGACCAAUAUUCGGAUUACAGCUACAAGGCCAACCCGCCCAAAUACAGCAGCAAACAGCUCCCCCACCGCCGAGUGACCUUCUCCACGGCCAAUCAGUCGCAGGACCUGCAGGACGCGUCCCAGCACAGCUACUACGACAGCGGCCUGGAGGAGUCGGAGACGCCCAGCUCCAAGUCGUCGUCGGGGCCUCGGAUCGGCCCGCUGGCGCUGCCGGAGGACCACUAUGAGCGGACCACGCCCGACGGCAGCAUCGGCGAGAUGGAGCACCCGGAGAACGGUAAGACCAGGUGGAGUUUCCCUCCCUCUACUCCUCUUUUCACCUCCUCCUCCUCCAUCCAUCACACACACACACACACAUGCACAAAAAGCAAUAAACACUGCUGGCUGUCACACACAUUAAACACACUGUGUGGAAAUGUGAUGUGUCAGCAGGAAUGUUAGCGUCGUACUGUUAAUCAGACUCCCUGCGCUCGCUGUGUGACCUCGCAGCAGCACAACACGAUCAAUAUGCAACAUAAUCAACUCCCAUGGCUUAACGAAUUAACAUCCCAAUUAUGCAAAU